GUAAACCAAUCAACUUCGGAAAGAAGCGCUGUCUGCAGAAAGUAAAUUUUGCAUGCAGCUGUACCCAACGCUUGUGGCGUGCUUUGAGUUUGUGUUGUUUUACGAUGGCGGAAAUUUUCCCAACCACUUGCCGGUUUUGUUUGGCGCAGGAUCCAUCCACGAGAUGCUUUUUCGACGCAUUCAUUUGCAAAGAAGAACGUAACAAAGUGCUAGCUCUGCUAGAAAUGGAGAUUCAUCCGUCGGAUGCGUAUACGAAUAUUUGUGUGGAAUGCGAAAACAACAUCGCCAUCGUCUAUAGCAUUAUUAGUGAAAUGCGAAGCAACAACAAGCUUUUCCUUGCCCUUCAAUCGCAGCAAAACGAAGCACAAUUCCACCAGGAUAAUGAUGCCAAAUCGGAAGAUGAUAACGACGUGCCAGCCGGACCAACUGUACUUGGCCUUUGCAUAGAGAAAAUCGAAUAUAGCGACGAAGAAUAUUUGUACGAAGUGGACGAACAAUUGGAAGACGAGGACUCGGUUGCAUACGAGCAAAAUGAUGAUAAACAAACUAAUUCCGCCGGCGAACCAUCGCUCGAUUCCAAUCGCCCUAUCAGGGAGCAGCUAGAAUUGCCCCAUGAAGAUGAUACCUUAUCCUCACGAUGUGGCAAGUGUUGGUUGACGCUAUACAGCGACAACGAUUGGAAUGGCUCCUUGCCUGGUAACCGUUUUGGAUGCUUGUACUGCUCGGAGGUAUUCGCGUCGCAGACCGAUUUAGAGCAGCAUCGGGAAAGCUGUGAAGAGUAUCAGUGUGGUGGCUGUAAUCAGAGCUUCACCUUUUUGCAACAGCUGCUAAAGCACAAGUCGUGUAAGCGUAGAAAAAUGCAUCGUUUGCGAAAUGUUAAACACUUGUUAAACGCUGACAAUCUGCUCGAAGAGCAAACAAACCCAUUGAGUUGUGCAGUGUGCAACGAGGAAUACCCUUACAAUGAGGAAGUGCCGGAGGACAUCCAUGAAACACACCAGGAGAUCGACGUAAAGUGGCAUCGAUGCGAUCGGUGCCCCAAACAGUUCUAUUCGCUUGCCUCCGCCCGCCAUCAUCGUGCCUUGCAUACACUCCAAAAAUUCCCGCGGAAAAAUCAAACAUCUUUGUCGAAAGAAUGCAAAGAAGCGAAUCAGACGAAAGGAUCGAACGAAUGCACCAUCUGCCGUACCGAGUUCAAGUACCAUCGCGAGCUGCUGCAGCAUCUAGAAACGGCACAUGCGGGCGUUUCCAUUGAGCUGUACCAAUGCACGCAGUGCGAUGGACAGUUUACCUCCCAGGCAAAGCUGGACAAGCACACGCAUAACACGCACCGGGCACGGAAGUCCCGGUACUGCUGUUCGUACUGUGGGCGCCGGUUUAACAAACGCAUCAUGCUGGUGGAUCACGAAACCGUUCACCGUGGCCAGACGAAGUACCACUGCGAUACGUGCAGGCGGGGCUUCACGUACAAAAGCUCGUACGAUCGGCACAUGGAGGUGGUGCACAGUGAGGCGAAAAAUUUCACGUGCAAGUAUUGCGCCAAGAGCUUCAAAAGAAAAUCGACCUUAAUAACGCACGUGCGGUUGCAUACGGGCGAGAAACCGUUCGAAUGCGCCACCUGUGACUUCCGUUGUAGCGACGCUAGCUCGCUCCGCAAGCACAAUAUGAAAUUCCAUUGGGCCAAAAAAGGAGAGAAGCUGUAGGUUUUCGGAUAUGUACUGGACAUACAGCAAUUCAAAUGAUGCAUGAAAUAAUUGUAAAAAGCACCUAAAAAAAUAAAGCUACCCCUCUUCAAAGUAAA